UGCCGAAACGUAUUUUAGUGGCUAGUGCUCUUCACAAGACAUGGUUUAAACGAUCACGGGCACGUCUUUCCCAGUGUGAGCAGAGCGGAGUGUUUGGACUUUUCUGUAAGAGCUCUGUGGUCAGUGCCCGACACGCAAGUCCACCGAGAAUGCCCCAGAAUUGAAUAGCCGCAGGUUUCACAUGUCAAAACGUGAGCCAUGGCUUUCUGUCGGUAUCACUCCCAGUGUGAGCGGCAGCCAUACCACAACUUUACAGCGCGGUUUGCUCUUCGUGGGUCCUCAUGACUUGAAAUAGCUGUUGUUGUUGUUGCAGCAGCCUGCAAUGCCCGUAGUGCUUCUGAUAUUACUUUACGUAAGCAUUAUGUCGUCGCGCACUACCAAAGGGGCGACCACAUUGAUCAUGCUGAGGGAAGCUCAAUUAUGUCAGUGGAUCAACUAAAAGUGAUAAGGUGCUCCACAACAGGUGCCAUAUAUUCUCCCAGCAAAGACAUUCAGCUCUCCAACAUUCUUCUACAGACUUAUGCGAAGUGCGGGGAUCUGUUACAUGCACGCUCGGUGUUCGAUGGCAUCUGCGACAAGGACAUCAUCUCAUGGGUCUCUAUGCUCUCUGCUUAUGCCCGCAAUGGACAUCUGGAGGAGGCCAGAGCACUGUUCCAAGGAAUGCCACAGCGGAACUCGGUGGCUUGCACUACAAUGCUGGUCGCUUAUGCCCGGAGCGGGCAAACUGACGAGGCAAAGCGAGUGUUUGACGACAUGAAAGAGAGGAACUUGGUGACCUGGAACGCUAUGCUCGCUGGCUAUGCCAGGAAAGGACACUUGGUCGAGGCGAAGCUGCUGUUUCAGAUUGCUCCAGAGAGGGAUGUGGUUUCAUGGACGACAAUGGUUACUGCUCAUGCUGAGAAAGGCCACGUAGAAGACGCGAAGAAAUACUUCGACAGAAUGCCAGAGCGAGACUUGGUUUCCUUCACUACUAUGCUGACUGCAUACGCAGAGAACAGCCGUUUUCACGAGGCCCGGACUUUGUUUUCCACGAUGCCAGAGCUCGACUUGGUGUCCUGGAACGCAAUGCUGGUGGCUUAUGCUCACGAGAACGACUUGGAGGGUGCAAGGCAGGUGUUUGAUCGGAUGCAAGAACGAAACAUGAUAUCGUGGAACGUGAUGCUGUCCGGGUAUGCUCAGCGCGGGGAUAUAGAAGAAGCUCGAAGAGUUUUCGACGCUAUGCGGGUCCGCAAUUUGGUCUCGUGGAACGCGAUGCUCUCGGCACUCUCCCGCGGCAGCGAGCUCCAAGAGGCCAAGAUGGUGUUUGACAGAAUGCCGCAGCGAGACGUGGUCUCGUGGAACACCAUGCUGUGUGCAUUCGCUGAGAACGGGGAGAUACAGUCGGCCAAGAAACUCUUCGACAGCAUGCGCGAGUGGAACUUGGUGUCCUGUACGGCGAUGCUGAGUGCUUACUCGGAAGCUGGCGAGCUCGAGAACGCGAGACACGUCUUCGAUCUCAUGAAGGAGCGGAACGUCGUUUCCUGGACAGCCAUGCUCUCGGCCUACGCGCAGAAUGGUCACGUCCGGGAAGCCAAGCAGGUUUUCGACGCCAUGGGAGUGAGAAACGUCUGUAGCUGGACAGCCAUGGUCUCGGCCUACGAGAAGAACGGUCAGCUUGAAGAAGCCAAGCAAGUUUUCAGCGCGAUGACGGACAGGAAUCUCUCCUCGUGGAACGCGAUGCUGGCGGCUUAUGCUCGGAACGGGCAUCCGGGGAAAGCUCGAGAGGUGUUUGAAGGGAUUCCGGAGCAGCGGAACACGGUGUCGUGGAACGCGGUCCUGGCGGCCUGUGCGAGCAGCGGGGAAAGCUCCAGUGGUGCCAUGGAGAUGUUCUACACGAUUGCGCUGAGUGGUGACGCAGGGGACGAGAUAUCUUUCGUGUGCAUCCUGGUUGCGUGCUGCCACCUCGGGGAAGUUUACACUGGAUGGCAGCUUUUCCAGUCCAUGGCCAGGGACUAUGGCUUGAAACCGGCCAAGCAACACUACUGCUGUAUGCUUGAUCUGCUGGGACGGGCGGGAUAUGUGGAAAGUGUGGAGGAGCUCAUCGACAGUAUGCCUUACGUGCCGGACGAGUGCGAGCGCACGGCCUUUCUCCGAGCUUGUGGAAGCCGCGGAGAUACCACUACUAGUUUACAAGCCCUUGGGAGCGUGGAGGAAAACAAGUCUACUGCUGCGAGUGCUUCUUCCUACGUUCUUCUAUCCAACACCCUCAAGCAGCGGCAAUUCGUGAACAUCCAGUAAUGCAACGAGGCACUAUGUAUCUUUUUUGUUACUCUUCUUUGGAAAUACUAACAUUGUUUACUCA